GCCAUAGUGGGUCCAGCCAAUAUAAGAUUUUGCGGGGGGACGGGGUCUCCCUGUAGCCCCAGCUGUCCUGGAACUCACUAUGUAGACCAGGCUGGCCUCGAACUCACAGAGAUCCACCUGCCUCUGCCUCCCAAGUGCUGGGAUUAAAGGUGGGCAAUAUGAGUUUUGUUGUCUGGUUUUGAGUGUUGUUGCACGAAUGACACCCCAGAAACAGGCUGAUAAAGAAAGGUUCUGGUUGUGGCCGAAUGCGAACACACCCUCGGCUCCCGAGGACGCUUCCCUACCCACCCAGCUCGGUCUAGAUGGUUGGCGCCUUUCCCGCUGUAUUGUGUAAGUUCUCGAGCCUCAGAAGUUUCAUCGCGAGAAGUUUCAAGCGCGUGCGGGUGGCAAACCACAGGGCCCAGGGUCACCAAGGUUGAAUGCGCGGCUCGGAGCCCAAGACGCGUGCGCACACUAGGCUCCGCCCUCUAUCGUGUGGCUCCGCCCCCCGCGCAGGCUCAGCCGUUGGUCAUGCUGCCCGCAGGCCUGAUUCGGGGGUUGCUAUCCGGGUUCCUGCGUGGUCCGGUGCCUCCUGCUGCGCGCUAUGGCUUCCCGGAGCGGCUCUUGGGCAGGCGGUGCCAGACCGCCUUCUCCUCCCAGGGUCCAUUCUUUCUGGGCCACCGGCUUUCUGCUGGCCCCACAGCGAAUGAGGACUACGAAGGAGGCCCCGACUCCGAGGAGCGCUUUCUGUUCCCGGAGUACAUCCAGGAUCCCGAGCCCGCGCGGGACCCUGAGGAGCAGCUGCGGGAGGUGCAGCAGCGGCAGCUGGAGGAGGAGCGAGAGAGGCUGCGGCAGCGCGAGGAGCGGCUUCAGCAGAAGUUCCGGACCGGCCUCAAGGCACUCGCGAUCCCGGAGCUGCCCGACGUGCAGGUGCCGCCCAGCGGCUUCCACUGCUCGGGCUGCGGGGCCGAGCUGCACUGCCAUCACCCCCGCCUGCCCGGCUACCUGCCCAGCGAGAAGUUCCGCGGUGUGGCCCAGGCGGACGGCGGGCGGGCGCGGACCGUGUGCCAGCGCUGCUGGCUACUGGUGCAUCAUCGGCGUGCCCUGCGCCUGCAGGUGAGCCGCGAGCAGUACCUGCAGCUUGUGAGCUCCGCGCUGCGCCGGCCGGGGCCGGCCCUGGUGCUCUAUAUGGUGGACCUGCUCGACCUGCCGGACGCCCUGUUGCCCGACCUCCCCGCACUGGUGGGCCACAAGCAGCUCUUCGUGCUGGGGAACAAAGUGGACCUGCUGCCCCAGGACGCGCCCGGCUACCUGCAGCGGCUGCGGAAACGGCUGUGGGAUGACUGCGUCCGCGCCGGGUUCCUGAUAGCCCCUGGCCACCAGGGACCACAGUACCCCACUGGGGACGAGCCACUGAAUGGGGAGGAGAAUUCGAAUCAGCCGGACAGGUCCCGCACGGUGGUCAGGGAUGUGCGACUGAUCAGCGCCAAGACUGGCUAUGGAGUUGAAGAACUGAUCUCUGCUCUUCAGCGCUCCUGGCGCUAUCGCGGCGACGUCUACCUGGUGGGCACCACCAACGCCGGCAAGUCAACUCUGUUUAACACACUUCUGGAAUCCGAUUACUGCACGGCCAAGGGCUCCGAAGCCAUUGACAGGGCCACUAUCUCACCCUGGCCAGGUACUACAUUAAACCUUCUGAAGUUUCCUAUUUCCAACCCGACGCCUUACAGAAUGUUCAAAAGACAAAAAAGGCUUAAAAAAGAAGCAGCUAAAGCUGAAGAAGACCUUAGUGAGCAAGAACAAAGUCAGCUUACUCAACUGAAAAGGCACGGUUACUUAGUAGGAAGAGUUGGAAGAACAUUCUUGCAUUCUACAGAACAGAAAGAUGAAGUUCCCUUUGAGUUUGACGCUGACUCGCUUGCCUUUGACAUGGGAAAUGAACCUGUUUUGGCUGUGCACAAAUCCACCACAGGAGUAGAAUUGACCCCAGACGAUGUGAAAGAUGCCCACUGGUUUUUUGACACUCCUGGAAUUACAAAAGAAAAUUGUAUUUUAAACCUUCUAACAGAAAAAGAAGUAGAUGUUGUUUUGCCAACACAUUCCAUUAUACCAAGAACUUUUGUGCUCAAACCAGGAAUGGUUCUAUUUUUGGGUGCUGUAGGCCGCAUAGAUUUCCUACAGGGAAAUCACUCAGCUUGGUUUACAGUUGUGGCUUCCAACUUCCUCCCGGUACAUAUUACUUCCUUGGACAGGGCAGAUGCUGUGUAUCAGAAGCACGCGGGUCAUGAGUUACUGCUGGUUCCAAUGGGCGGAAAAGAACGAAUGGAGCAGUUUCCUCCUCUUAUUGCUGAAGACAUUACAUUAAAAGGAGGUGGAGAGUCUAUGGCAGUGGCUGACAUCAAGUUCUCCUCUGCAGGUUGGGUUGCAGUAACACCUUAUUUUAGGGACACGUUGCAUCUCAGAGGUUACACACCAGAAGGAACAGUUCUGACCAUCCGGCCCCCUCUCUUGCCACAUAUUGUUAACAUCAAAGGAGAACGCAUCAAGAAAAGCGUGGCCUAUAAAACCAAGAAGCCUCCUUCACUGAUAUACAAUCUACAGAAGAAGAAGAAGUAAAUGUGAGGCAGACAUGAUUCACCUCGGAUAGUAACAAUACUGAACACAGAAAUCGUAUUAAAUAUAAAUAUAAUAAAAACCAUACAUACCUACCAAAAGUUCUCUCUCCCCCCCUCCCUCGCCCUUG